GACGCGGAGGCACAGCCCCUUCGGCUCCGAGCUGACCCUCCGGAGGGCAGUGUCGUCUGGGCGGCGCUGCGAAGACCUCCACCCAGGACGGCUCCCCCUCCCCGGGCCUCUCCCCUCUCGCCCGCGAGACCCCUCGUCUCGUAGACCGCUGGAAUCUGAUAUCGUGGGGGUGAGGUGAGAGCAGGCCCGGGGAGGGAGGUUACCACUGAGGAGCUGCAGCCGCUAUCAAGAUGAUAGAAGUACUGACAACAACUGACUCUCAGAAACUGCUACACCAGCUGAACACUUUGUUGGAACAGGAGUCUAGAUGUCAGCCAAAGGUCUGCGGCUUGAGACUAAUUGAGUCUGCACACGAUAAUGGCCUCAGAAUGACUGCACGGCUGAGGGACUUCGAAGUGAAAGAUCUUCUUAGUCUCACUCAGUUUUUUGGCUUUGACACGGAGACAUUUUCUCUAGCUGUGAAUUUACUGGACAGAUUCCUGUCUAAAAUGAAGGUACAGCCCAAGCACCUUGGAUGUGUUGGUCUGAGCUGUUUUUAUUUGGCUGUAAAAUCAAUAGAAGAGGAAAGGAAUGUGCCACUGGCAACUGACUUGAUCCGGAUAAGUCAGUAUAGGUUUACGGUUUCAGACUUGAUGAGAAUGGAAAAGAUUGUAUUGGAGAAGGUGUGUUGGAAAGUCAAAGCUACUACUGCCUUUCAGUUUCUGCAACUCUAUUAUUCACUCAUUCAAGAGAACUUGCCAUUUGAAAGGAGAAAUAACCUUAAUUUUGAAAGACUGGAAGCUCAACUUAAGGCAUGUCACUGCAGGAUCAUAUUUUCUAAAGCAAAGCCUUCUGUGUUGGCUUUGUCUAUCAUUGCAUUGGAGAUCCAAGCACAGCAGUGUGUGGAGUUAACAGAAGGAAUAGAAUGUCUUCAGAAACAUUCCAAGAUAAAUGGCAGAGAUUUGACCUUCUGGCAAGAGCUUGUAUCAAAGUGCUUAACUGAGUAUUCAUCAAACAAGUGUUCAAAACCGAAUGUUCAGAAGUUGAAAUGGAUUGUGUCUGGGCGUACCGCACGGCAAUUGAAGCAUAGUUACUACAGAAUAGCUCACCUUCCAACAAUUCCUGAAAUGGUUCCUUAAUUCAUGAAUUUGGAUCAUUGUUAUUCUCCAUAAAGGAAAUUAUCAGUGCUAUAAUUUUCUUUUACAAUGGAAGAAUUAAAAUAUCAUUUCUCUUCAAAGUAAACAAAAUGGAGUUGCAAUAGCAAAGGGGAAGUUUCUACACUGAUUUGGUCAGCUAAUAUUUGAAGACAUUUAGUAUAUACAGAACCCUAAGGGUAAGGAAUUAUCUAACCUCUGAUAUGUAUGUUAGUCAUUUCAUUAAUCAGCAUAAAAAAAAGUAUGUCCUCAACAACCCAAGUUUUGAAAGUAGCAUUAAAAUCAUAUUUUCUUAUUGAACAUCAUCUUGCUCUCUGAAGACCUAAACUCUGGCUCAUUUAAAGAUACACUAGCUGAGUAGGACAAUAGGACCAAACUUUUGGAUAUUUGGACUAAUUUGAGAAUGUUAGCUUAUAAGUAAAAUCAGUAUGAACUUUGAUAGUGUAUUUAAAGAAAAAGAAGAUACAGCCAAUCAGUCUUGAUGUUGGGUGUCUGGAAACUGCAAGGGCGUCUCAACACUGUAGUUACUAUAAUAUUUGGAAUUCUGGGAAAGUAGUUACAUGCAUAAAAGAUAAACUUGGGGUCACUGGAUAUAUAUUCUUGCCAUUUAAAUUUCUUAACUAGUAAUAAUGAUUUACCUUUUUCCAUUCAAAAUUAAAUUAACAUUUAAUAUAUCUAUGAUUAUGAAAUUUAACCUGAACAGUUAGUUCACUUUUAAUAGUAAUAUUUCACAGAUGUCUGAUAAGUUGGGUUUUUUUUGUUGUUGUUGAUUUAAGGAGGAUUAUUGCAGCAACAACAAUGAAAACUCUGAACCCUACAGCCCUGAGCUAUGGAUUCCAUGAUGUUUUCAUGAGUUUAAAUUUCAAGCCUUAAAACUUUACAACUAGAUGAAUAUGAUGUUCUUAUGCUUGGGGAAACUGCCUAAUUAGUAUUAUGCUAUAGUGGAAUUAUGUUUAGAUAUAAAUUCAUCUAUGAAGCAGCCAAAUCAAAGUUAAAAGCAUAAAUAUGAAGCACUAAUCACAAGCUUUGGAAAGUAAACUGUGAAUCUUCAUUUCUUAACAUUGAUUUAACUUUCUAUAUUUGAUUGAUAUACUUAGGUAGUAUUGAAAAUGCUAACCUACAUAAUUUAAAUGUUUUAAAUUAUGAGGUUUUCAUCAAAAUAACAUUUCACAAAUGCACUUUUAAGAUACAACAAAGGUUAGUGUUUUAGGCGGUUUAAAUGGUUUUCUGUUACCCAAAAUGCGAAUAAUGUAAUCCUGAGAAGGGGACACAAAUUUGAAGGCAUUUUGUAGAAAGCAAAAAAAAAAAAAAACUUAGUAAGUUUGGCAAGUUCAUAAUCUUUAAUAUUUUUUCAAGAAAACAGAUGAUGUUUGUAUGUGUGAUAAGAUCUUUUAUAUAGAAUCUACUGCCCCAGUCUAGUCCAAUCAAGAAAAUUGUUUUCUAUUUUAUUAGUUGCUCAAAUUAUCACUCUGAGGACUUUACUCCACUAAAGUAAGUUCAGACUAGAUUUAACACUCCAGAAGUCUUUACUGAGUAUUGUUUUCAGAAAAUUGUCAUUGCUUCUAAUUUAGAUUAGAAUAAUAUUCUAAAGAAUAUGCUUUCACUAAUGCCCUUACUGCAUCUUAAGAAAAGUCAGUCGACACCUUCAUAAGUAGAUCACUGAGGCAGUGUUCAAGAAACAGUCUUCAGUCAGUCAGUGAAUGUAAGGAGGUGUAUAGUGUGACGGUGUCAUGGAUGAUUAAUGGAGCAGUGCAUAGCCUGCGUUCAUUCAGAGUGGCUGUGAUCAUUUCUGACAUGAUGUUGUGGACAAAUACGCAAUAAAAAAUAAAAACCAAAGAAUCACAGCGUGUAUUACCCUUAAAUUUUAUAACCUGUGUUUUUUGGGUAACUUCAGUUUUCCCAAAAGGCUGGUAAUAUUUCAGUUAUUUGAUACAUCAGUGUUAACUUUGAGUUGGCAGAGGUAACCUAACUAAAUGCCAUUAUCUUUGGUACUAAGUGAUAUACCUUUCAAUAAAGUUAUUGAAAUGCAAU